AUGUCCGCCCGCAUCCUCUCGCUCGCCACCGUCCUCCUCGCGGCUGCGACCACCGUCCACGCCAUCGGCGACUUCCCGUGCGCCGGCGUCAACGGCGCCCAGUCGUGCGCCGCGUGGGCCGUCGACGCCGACGCCCAGGGCGACAUCUCCGCCGACGCCAUCUGCCAGCCCGACCCGAUCAACCCGUCGGCGAGCUACUGCGGCUACGCCAAGGCGGCGUGCACGUCCAACUCGCAGUGCGACUACGGUUCCUGCGGCUCGGACGGCCUCUGCGCGGGCUACCUCGGCGACGCGUGCACGUCCAACAACGACUGCCAGGCCUUCUUCUUCUGCGGCACCGACGGCAUGUGCGGCGGUACGGGCGCGGCGUGCGCCAACGGCGACCCGGCCAACCCGAUCCCUUCGCCCGACCAGCAGUGCGUCAGCCAGUCGUGCAACGCGUCGACCCAGAAGUGCGCCGCCAUGCCCGCCGCCGGCGUCCCCAACGGGUUCGGCUGCAGCGGCGACAGCAUCUGCGCCUCGGGCUGGUGCUCCGACAACGCCGUCUGCGCCCUCGCCGCCUCGGCCGCUGCCCGCAACCGCAAGCGCUCCAACAUGGCGUGCCCGGCCCACCACACGGCGUGCUCGACCGGCCUGGGCGACGGCUUCGAGUGCAUCGACGCCGACACCAACCUCGAGCAGUGCGGCGGCUGCACGACCGACGGCACGGGCGUCGACUGCACAGCCAUCUUUGGCGUCGAGAGCGUCUCGUGCGAGGCCGGUCGCUGCCUCGUCCUGUCGUGCGUGCCGGGCCUGAGCGUCAAUGCGAUGGCGACCGAGUGCGUCUGAGCGCCAAGCUCGACCCGCCUCGACCUCGCCUC